UUUUUUUUUGGAGGGGGGGUAAGAAAGAUCAUAUUUCAUCUCCAGCUCCCAUCCCUUCGGACUACUAUUGGCCGCCAGUUCCGAUUCCGACAGGCAUGCCGGGCGACGCCUAACAUGGAAGGUAUGACUCUACUUUAGGCAGAGUCAUACACAUAUAAGUUUACGUCGUACAUUGAGGUGUUUGUCAGUGUCAUCCAUCUCGUUUCUUGUUUCUCGUCUCGAUCCGACACAACUCUUUCAUCGUCAACAUCCCCACAACCACCAAUAUGCCAGACCCUAACCUCACAGUCUCCCUCCUUAAACCAGAGGAAGCGGAACAAUACAUGCGCAUACGUCACGAAGUAUUCCGUCCUACCGUCAAUAAGAUCCUCUACGCGCGAGGCGAGCCAUCUGAGAAAACCCUCGAUCAAGUAAGAGAAGACAUCCGCGAUGGCAUCACCAACAAAGGCAUACUCUACCUCAAGUGCGUUGACACCUCGACCGGCGAGAUGAUUGCAGGGGCACGCUGGCGCUACGUCAAGCCCAAUGACCCUAACGCAAAAGAACGAACCUGGGAAGAAGUCGACGCGGACCUCACGAUCCCACCACCAUACGAAGAAAGUGAUCCGGAUAUGUUCGCGGAACUCUUCAAGUUGUUCAACGCAAACAAGCGAGAGAUUCUGGGUAGGAGGCCAUACUAUGUGUUGGAUACACUGGUUACGCUGCAGGCACAUGAGAGAAGAGGAGCGGGAAGCAUGCUGGUGCGAUGGGGUUGCGAGAAGGCGGAUGAAGUUGGUGUUGAGGCGUUCCUUGAAGCGAGUCCCAUGGGUGCGCCGAUGUAUGCGAGGCAUGGUUUUCAGGCUGUGAAGACAGUGGAAUUGGACUUGAGACGAUGGAGUGGGGAGGACAAGAUGGACUUCAUUCUCAUGUUGCGACCUGCAAAGCAGCAAUAAAGAUGUUGUGGAUCAUACUGGUUGAGAGUAUCUUACUGCUUGGUAUGAAAAGGGUGCAGACCGUGGAUAGAACACAUUGUGACUAUUCGUUGCCAAUUUCACCCAUUUCACUAACGGGCCAUCUGUUAGUACACUGCACGUGAACGCCACUAUAACACGAAACCUUCGAUAUAGCUACUAGCACCAGACUACAACCUCCCAAACUACUCCACAACUCACUAUUCCUCAGCAUCACCUAAGUCGCAAUGGCAUCAAUCCAGCCAAUCUACACCAUCACAGCCUCACUAAAAACCUACAAAACAGAAGACGUCGAGUCGCCCGACCUGGAAGAUGAAUGCUACGUAUGCAUGCGUCCAUUCGAUCACGUCGACAACGAAGACGACCCAAACGAACUUCCAUGCAAAGCAGUG